UCUUCCGGAACACAGUACCAGUUUGCUCCGAGAACGCGUCAGUUGCAGCACUAUAUUUUGAGCAAACCAGAGAGCAAACUAAACAGCGUCAGGGUAGCUCUUCGUUAAAUUUUCAAAAUGCUUAGAAGACCUCGUGAUCACACCGAAGGUAGCGAUGGCCAUGUGGUACAUAAGCGUAGACGGUAUAACCUGAGGAGUACCAGAAGUCGGCGAAAAAGACUGUUAAGGCUUUCCAAGGAACAAGAGGGACGAGUCAAGGUUGUCACGGAUGAAUACUUCAAGUCAAAAAUGAAGAUUUUGGAUGCGGAGGAGAAACCGGGUUCUGCCCUUAAGGUAAUUUCCAUAACCAACUACCUGCAGGAGAAUCGAAGGAAGCACCACACUAAGGAGUUCGAUCAGGAAGACUUGAUUGUGAGACGUGGACAGGAAUUCAAACUGACCAUUGAAUUUGACCGUGAGAUUGACCAGGCUCAUGACAAAGUGAUAUUCCAGGUCACUUAUGGUGACCAACCAAAGGAGAGUAAAGGAUCUCUGGUUCGAAUUCCAGUCUCAUUGUCGAAGGGAAAGUCUGCAGACAUGACCGGAUGCUGGGAAGUAUGUACACUAGACACCAGUAAGCAAUCUCUCAGCCUUGGCUUGACAGCUCCUCCAGACGCCUGCAUCGGAAGGUACAACCUAUUUGUGGAAAGUAACUUGAAGGAGGAGGACAAGGCCAAACGAUACAAAUGUGAAAACGAAGUCAUCAUUCUCUUCAACCCAUGGUGUACAGAUGAUACUGUAUACCUGGCUGAACCAGCAUGGAGAAAGGAGUAUGUCCUCAAUGAAGAAGGUAACGUUUGGGUCGGGAGUUGGAACCGGAAUUUUGGAAAGAACUGGAAUUUCGGACAGUUCUCAGAGCCUUGCCUGGAAGCUGCUCUAUUUCUGUUGGACAAGGGAGAGUUGGCUGACUCUGGGAGAGGCAGUCCUGUGUCAAUUGUGAGAUGUAUCUCCUCCCUGGCUAACAGUAUGGAUGAUCAUGGAGGUGUAUUGGAGGGGCGAUGGACUGAGACGUACCCACCUGAGUGUGUACGUCCGUGGGAGUGGAGUGGCAGUGUUAACAUACUGAAGAAAUACAUGGAGACCCUUGAAUCGGUCCAAUAUGGCCAGUGUUGGGUAUUCUCCUGUCUCGUUACCACAUUGCUGCGCUCAUUGGGUAUACCAACUAGAUCUGUGACCAACUUUGAGUCUGCUCAUGACACCGACUGUAGUAUGACAAUUGAUUUCCAUUGUGGUGCAGAUGGUUUCCCAGAAGAUGCUCUUGAUGACUCCAAAUGGAAUUUUCAUGUCUGGAAUGAGUCUUGGUUCCGGCGCCUUGAUCUUCCGUCGGGCUAUGAUGGCUGGCAGGCUCAUGAUGGCACACCUCAGGAACUAAGUGAAGGUGUGAUGCGGUGUGGACCUGCCCCCUUGAAAGCCAUUAAAGAGGGACAUGUGUAUCUCAAUUAUGAUGUUGGCUUCGUGUUUUCAGAGGUCAAUGGUGAUAAAAUCAACUGGCAGAUAAAUGAGGAUGGGAGUAUGGAAGUGACCAAUAUUGACAAAUUUGCAAUCGGCAAGAACAUCAGUACCAAGGCCAUAGGUUCAAGUGACAGGGAGGAUGUCACAGGGCUGUAUAAGUAUCCUGAAGGAUCUGUUGAUGAACGAAGAGUUGUGAAGUUUGUAAAUCAAUUUGGAAGCAAAAGAAAGGAGAGGAUUUACGAACAGGAGCCUAAAAAGGAAGUUGAUCUGGAGCUUGAUCUUCCAAACAACACGAUGAUUGGAGAAGAUGUUGAGAUCAAGGUCAAGGUCAUUAACUUGGAAAAGGAGGACCGUAAAGUACACAUCCGCAUUACAGUUCUAAAUGCAUACUACACAGGUAUUGCUGGUCGCAGAGUAAAAACCGAGAAAAUGGAGUGUGUUAUUCCAGGCAACAGGGUGGAAACAGUUACUAUGAUGGUAACAGGGAAGGAAUAUGAAAAGAAAAGGAAUCCUGAAGGAAGGUUCCAGGUGUAUGCCAAUGUGAAGAAUGUGUCUAAUAAUCGCAUGCAUGUUCUGUCUGAGGUGUUGAUGUUGGCUACUCCAGACCUGACUGUUGAUAUCCCAACACUGACUCCAUACAUGACUGAUACCCCUGGCAAAGUGGUAUUCCAUAACAUUACAAACAUCACUUUGACAAAUGGCAUGUUUUCCUGUGAUGCAGGCAGCGGACUUAUGAGUGAUGGUUUCAAAAUACCUAUUAAGAAACCUAUCUCUCCAGGAGAAUAUGUGACGGAGGAAUUUAUGCUUUGUCCAAAUCGCCGCUACAGCCGACGCAGACGCCUCACAGUUACAUUCAACAGCGACCAGCUUGUGAAUGUUGAGGGUUCAGCCAUGACCAAGAUUGUGAACACUCCUAAGAAGGAAGAUGACGAGACUGAUAGCAGUGAUGAUGAAGAUUAGACGAUAAAACAAGUGGAAAUGUUUCCUGAUGAAAACCUGGUGUUUAUCCGGUGAUGGAAGUCGACAACUAUCUUACGACUCUUUCCUGUAAAUGACAUUUUUGCUUUUAUCAAACCUAUUGGGUGAUUUUUUUGUUAACAUUUGAAGGAAUCUAUGUCAGAGGCUCUGAUAUUUUACUACUGUUAACCAUAUUUCUUUAGUGCACAAUUUACUUUUGCGAAAUUUUGCAAUUAAAAUAAAAUUAUGAAAAUUAAAUGCCACAAAUUAAAACAUAAAGAACAUCAACAAUCAUGUUUCACAUUUGCAGCUUUAUGAUGCUGACUACUUAACUUACAGUCUAUCUUGAAUCCAUGUAUAUGGUAUACAGUUAAACCCCAAUUGUAAAUCUAUGCUGAAAUUCAGUGUCAGAACAAUUCAUUCCCAUGAGUAUUCAAUUCUGAGCAGUUUGGCGUUUUGUAAAUCUCCAGCUGAGAUCAGUAGCAUGUUUGAAUUCUUUGACUGUGUAAUCUGUAUAUGAAGUCAUUUAAGCUUUUGAAAACUUGGACAACCCUCACAUCCCUGUCCAAACAAUAUAAGGUUGAAGUUGGUUAGACUGGUCGAUUGCAUUGGGUAUUUUACCAGAAAUACGUUCCAGUCUGUGAACAGGUCACUACAGUUAGGGAAAUGUAAGGUCAUAAAAAAUCCUUCUUCCUCUCAAGGAUAUUAUCCAUGUUUGGCCUGGUGCAUUUUUUUAUCAAUAGUGAAUCUGACUUCUGUUAGACCAUAUGGGCGUGACUCAAUAAGGAAAUUAUAUCAGAAAAUUGCUGGUCAUAUUUGAAAUUCUUUAUCAGUUGACUGAAUACCUGAAUUAGCCAGGUGAGCGAUUUAGGUCUCUAAGGCCUAAUGUAAGUCAUUGCAAACAUUAUAUUACUAAAAUCGCAAUAAGGAAUGGCCUCAAUAGAAAGAUGGUUAACAGUAUGAUGACAUUAUAAUCAAUAUUCAUUUAUCAAUAUAUUAGAUAUUGUCAGAUAUGUAGUUUUGUGUUUUAUAACAAUUUUUAUCUUCAUGUAAAAAUUCGCUAAUGAUAAAGGCCACCUUUUAAUCAGAGCUGUGAUGAUUACAUGUAUUUACCUACUUGUAUUUGAUUAACCAAUAAUUGUCCUUCUAAUUUCGUUACUAAUGGUAGAUAGAUAUAUAACCACCAUAUUGCCUUUUUUGAUUUGAUCAGUUUGAUAGCAUCUCCCCAACAAACAUCACAGGACAUCUGAUAUAUUGUAUGUGAAGAUUUCGCAGGAGCCAGAAGUCUUAAGCAACAUAACAAAGAUCUCGUUAAUGAUAUGGGCAGCUAUAUGUUUAUAAAAAAUGUGUUUGAGAUUAAACUUUCGUUAAUGGUUGACCUUUGUAUGACUAAAAAAAAUUCUGUCGGCCUUUGAGGUCAGAUUGUUGUAUCUCUGUUGUGUGAUUGUUGUUUCAUGAGAAAAGCCAUCCAUUUUAUUUUGUGCCUGGAGAUCAUUGAAUGUGUCAAAUAACACAGAUACCAUCAUCAACAAGAAGCUGUUAUCAUGUCUGAUUUACUUGUAUCCAGCAUAAAAAUCUA